AGAAAGCAGAGCAACAGCUUGGGCAGGGGCAGGGGAUCAGAGUGGCACACCUGUCGAACAGGCUGGCCUCAAAGCAAAGAGCCAAAUGUAACUGGUCCAAGUCAAACUAGAGGCAGCACUCCACCCACCAAUCCCAGUUAUUCCCUGUCUGCCUAACACAGGUUGGACCUGGAGUUAGUGGGGCAUGUCCAGGACUGCUUCAUUUCAACAGGCAUCGUUUGAGGAGUGAACGCACGCAAUAAGGAAAUGAAACAGAAGUGAUUUCUGGACAACAGAUUACAACAGACUCAAUCAGUUUUUGUGUCUUGGAGAAGCCUGUUGCUGGCGCGCAUGUUCUGGGAAGGAAGUUUCUCAGCAGGAUUAUGAAAUGACCAUUACUCAGAAACCUUCUUCCUCUUUGUGUGCCUGAACUGCAGUUGUGCUUUUUUGGCUUGGGUUUUUGGAAAACUGAAGCAGCUGGGCUGCACAAGAGGAAAUAGCAGCUGGGAGCCUCUGCCAGGCAGUAGGUCACUGAGUGAAAGGAUCACACUCACCAGAGCAGAGGUGCUCACAGGAGAAAAAUCCCUGGCAACUUAAUUAAGGACUCUUAGAAGCAAGAGCAACUGAGCUUCUUCCUUGGCUGGAAAAGAUCCCAGUUUCCAGCUUGGCUGGUGAGUCUUUCAAUAGCAACCUCUGCAAUGUUGCUGGAAUGAGAUCACUCCCCUAGUCACCCAGGAGCAGCUGAACUAAACAUUUAAAAAGAAAACAAGCAAGGCAUUCCUACCACCUUUGAAACCUUUGAUCACUUGCAUUUUCCAGACUGCUCUUUGAGAACCCAGAUCAGGGCUAAUCAUCAUGCACAUCACUCAGUACUUGGUGAUUCUGCUCUUCACAGGACUGAAACUCUCCAAGGUAGAAGGAAGAUGUUUUUUCAAUAACUCCCAACAGCACUGCAUCUGCUUACAUUUAUCUGAGAAAACCCUAAGAAGUCUCACACGUUGUCUCCUUGCCACUGAAUUUGAGUUUCGAGGAGGAAACUUGGAGAAAUAUUUAGGGUUCUUACCAUUCAAAUUAGAACCAUCAGUAAUUGACAUGCUGGGAACUCUGAUGGUGACCAAGGUGAUCUUUGGAGAACUUGAUGUGCCAGAGGUUCUCUUGGCAUCUGUCAUGAAAUUCUUUUCCUACACUCAAGUCACAAUGCUUGGAUUUGAAAGUUGCACCUUCCUUGGAAAUGCCAGCUGGGCUCACAUGGCUGGGCAGAUUUUGCCAAUCUCAUCAUUACGCUUUCACAAUGUGACCUCCACUUCCCUGGUGGACAGAGCCCAGGACUUCUUCAGCUUGAGCAGCUGGCUGGAGAGCCUGCAGAAUCUGACUGUGACACAGUCCCAGGUUGCCCGUGUUCCAUGUGGUAUUGGCAAAAUGUUUAGAACCUUAAACCAUCUGGAUUUAUCAGAAAACCACUUCCAAGAUCAAAGUCUGGGAUCUUCAUUCUGCCAGGGAGCUUUCCCAGAGCUACAGGUACUAAAACUCCGUCGCAAUAACCUGAUCUCCUACCACACCAUAUGUGAAAUGCUGCAGCAGCUGACCAGUCUAGCCCACCUAGAUCUGAGUGAAAACAACCUUGCAGCUUCCUCGUCGUCUUCAUGUCUAUGGCAGCCUUCUCUCUCCAUCUUUAACUUGUCCAGCACAGGCAUAGAUCACAUUGUCAUACCUCUGCCUCCCAACAUUGAAGUUCUAGAUGUAAGUUUCAAUAAUCUUCAUUCUCUAGACCUCUCACUCCACUUCCUGAAGGAACUCCACUUGUCCAAUAACAAACUGCAUGCUGUCCCCUCAGCCAAGAACUACCCUGCUUUAGAAGUCCUCAUUCUAGAUGGAAACCUGAUCUCACAUCUCUCAAAGGAAGAGCUGUGGUCUCUGAGACACCUGCGGAAUGUGAAGGCAGGUCUGAAUCCCUAUAAUUGUUCAUGCUCAGGUGCCAGUGAAAUCCAGGCCUUGGCAAACAUAGAGUCCUUGCUGCAAGGCUGGCCUCAAGACUAUGUAUGCAAGUCCCCACCCCAUUACCAGGGUACUUUGGUGAAAGAUGUGCCUGUUUCAGCAGUACACUUCAACAAGGCCGCAGUGAUUGUUCCUGUCUGUGCCAUUCUCAUACAAAUGUGUGUGGCUGGAAUAAUUUGAUUUCCCAGACAUAAAGCAUGGUCUGGCCACCCCUGCUCCUAGGCUGUAGCUUCUUCCCUUCAUGCAGCAGAAAAGAGGCUAUAAGACAUAUUGUUUCUGCAAGGACAAAACAUCUCAGUGACCAAUUCUGCUGCAGCACCAGGGCCUGUAGGAUGAGCUCUCCUGGGAUAGCUGCUCAGGCUAGAGGAUUAGAAGGACCAACCAACUCCUGUGAUUUACAUGGAUGAAACUUCCAGUGAAGCACCACUGUCUGAGCCUCCUCAACACACCAUUUGUAGGGAUGAUCUGUUGGGAGGCUGCAGACAUCUGAGAUGUUAGCAAAUGUAUUGCCAUCACUUUAAAGUACCAUAGUUAUCAGAAAAGUAUUAGUGCUCCAGUAGCAUUAUAGAAACUCCCCAGUCACUCUCUGGCACUAUACCCAGCACAAUCAUGCCUGUAUUUGUCUGGAGUGAGCAAGGUGGAAAGAAGAGGAUCUAAAUUUUGUAUCCAGACAAGCUCCAUAACACAAGGUAGUUUAAUGCCUUUGCCUGCCAGGUCCUUGUGAAUGUUGCCAGUGAUGUACUGAAUAUUUCCUGUCCCAUUCAUGUAGGCUGGAUCUAUACACAAAUUUUCUUUGAGUAUAAAUGCACCAGACCAGAUUUUUGCCAUUAUACCCAUACAGCCCUAUGGAGAUACAACGUAAACACACAGCUUAUUCCACUUCCCAUAUUGGAAUAAGUUAUACAAGAGGAAGGCCUUUAUAUAAGCACCAGUCUAAUUGCAUGCACAGUAUUGGAGUUGUAGCACCUCAACAGUAUUGGUAUAAAAAAGUACAGUAGAACUUAGGUAUGUCAACAGGUUCUUAGCACUAGCAACAAUACAGGCAGCAAACUGCUUUCAGCUAUUUUGAAUCAAAGUGGUUAAUGCAGAUUUACAUCAGUGGAAGGAGAUCAGGAUUCACCCCAAUGUACUCAGUUCACAAGUCAAGGACUUUUUGCUAAUGCCUAGGGCACACUAUAGUUAGCUACUUAACACAAAGCCUUUCUUCACUGCACACCAUGUCUUUCAACUCUCAAAGAGCUUGCAGCCUCCAGAAACAAGGGGCUGACCCAUCAGCUCAGGGCAGAAUACUACAGUGAAGGCAUUCUCAGGUCCCCUCAGGGAGACUUUACUUCUGUACUUUCUUUGUUUUGAUUGACCUGAAAUAAAAGGAGUUUAGACCAAAAGGGAUGGCUUAUCUUUGUUUAUGGAAGACUGGAACCAGCUGUGUGAGUUGUGUGAUGUCCCUUUACAACACGUCAUAUAGGCCUAUUGUACACAUGACAAAAAUUGCCCCUUUUUUCAGUUUAACUGCAUCACAGUUUACAUGUAUGGGGGUUUUUUGCGAUUUAAAUUACUUGUUUGUGAUUCCAAAUAAACCACAUCCUGAUAUAUUUUAAUUUGCAUCGACACAAAUUAAUACAAUGCGUCCAUAGAGCUGUCAAGUAUACAUGGUAAUUUAUUGAAUGACAUGUAAGAAAUCCUUUUGUCCACCAGAUGCCAUUACAAUUUUUAUGUAGUGAGCCUGUUUGUCCAUCAGAUGUCGCUUUGAUUUGCAGAUAGGAGAGGGAGAGGAUACCUGCAAUUUUUUAGGUGCUUGUGUAAACUGUGUAUAUUUGAACACCAUAUGUAGCAGCCCAUCCAGCUCAACAUGAAUCAAUCUUCUGCUCACCUGCACAGACAACUGCACCCCCAUCCCUCCGCCCCUGCAAUGCUCUGGCCAGGGUGACAAUGGCACCAUCACCUGUCCCUGGUUUCACCCAGGAAUGAAGAACCACUUGGCUGCCUGAAGGGGGGAGUGCUUUCAUUUGGUUUCAGAGCAAAUGGUGCCCUCCUGCUCACAUGACUGAAACCCAUAGCGUCCAUGCUUCAUAAUUGAUUUUUUUUCCUUGUGCUGCCAUGUCAGUCACAGUUGCAUGAUGCUCACCCCACAAUCAGACCCAUGGGUGUUCUUGCAACAGCAGCAGGCAGCCCUUACUGACAACGGCACUGUCACCCCAUAAUCUUCUCCUGGUUCCAUCCAGGAAUGAAGAACUGCUUGGCUGCUUGAAGAGGGCGCCUUGCAUGCUUUCAUUUGCCCUUCAAAGCAGAUGGCACCUGCCCUCUCACAGGACUCCCCAGAUCUAAACAGGCUUGGUCCAAAAGAUCUCCAGGUCCAAAGUGAGACCCCCCCCCACCUGUCACUGAUACUAUCUCUGUCAUACCCCACCCACAGCCCUGACAGUGCCCCACAUUGGUGACCUGCCACACCAUGGGUCCUGGAUGGGGAUUUACCAGGUUUUCCAGUUUUACAAGUUUUACUACCCUUUCUCCUGGUGCCUCUGUCAACAACUGUUGAUUUGCCAGUGCUAAGAACAAAGCCAGGGAGCCUGACUUGAUUACCUGCUAAUAGCCCACAUUGAAAGAAAAUAAAAUAGUUUAUCAUCAUUAACUGUAACUGGUCUAUUAAGCAUCAUUUACAUAAAUCACCAAACCAUACAGCAUUUACAAGGUAACAGUAAUCAACAAGCAAUAUUCUUCAACUUUUAAAACCACAAGCAAUAAUCAACAACUUUUAUAACAACAACUGUUAUUACAACAACUUUUAUAACAACAAUCAAUAACAAAAAGCAUUGACUGUUUAAAAUGAGAAACACAUGAUAAUCAUUAAUCAACAACUUUCACUACAGAUAAGCAAUACUAUUUUCUACAUUCCCGAGCUGGACUGCCAUUCUCUCUCCUGUUCUCAUGAAUACCUCCUGCCACAUUGUCCGGUCAACACGUGGCCACAGACAUGACGUACCUGUCUUGCAAUCUCAUGCAAGCACACCACACAGGUACUGAUGAUUUUGACAACCCUAUCUAUCCAGGCAUCAUUAACAGAGUUCCUAUCUGGUCUGCAUUUUUUCGGCAGCAGCAUAACAAGUGGAGUGGAAAAUCAAAGAAUGCAGGGAAAUGAGCUUUUUUGAGAGCUGUUACAGGCCAGCUACUGUAGCAAAACCCCCAGUUUUUCUUUUUUUCUUUUAUUUUAAAAU